GCAUAAGGGGUCUUCAUAACUACUUACACGGACCGCCGCGGUCAUUCCAUGGGACGCUGACGAGAAAGCGUUAGCCGUUUAUUUGAAGACGGAAAUCAAUUCUCUCGUGUUAUUAUUUCUUUACGGCAUCUAAAUUCGACUAUCUUCUCAUAACAGUCAUCGUUUCUCGCAUAGUAAGUUUGGAUCUUAGGCAGCUCAGUGUGUGUUAGGUGUCAAGAACAGAUUCGUCAUCAGUGGACAUUUGUACAAUGACUUGGUGCAGUUAACUACUCCUUUUCUGCUUCUCCAUUUCAUUGUCCUUCGUCGAUGGGCCCUUUCCUGCUCGGUCAUCUUUGUUCUCAUCGACUUCUUAUCUUUCGUCGUACCUUUUAGCUGUGAGUGAAGAAAGAAGAAGUUUCUGAAGUUUCUGAAGUCGAAGAUACGUGAAAAAAUAAUCUACCAAAAAUGAGCGUCAUAAUCAGACUACAAAAUCUAGCAUGGUCUGCCAACGCUUUGGACAUCCGCCAAUUUUUCAGAGGACUCAGUAUACCGGAAGGCGGAGUACAUAUUGUUGGCGGUGAAUUAGGAGACGCGUUUAUAGCGUUCAGCACGGACGAGGAUGCUCGGCAGGCGAUGAUGCAAGAUGGCGGUAAGAUCAAGGAAAUGAAAAUUAAGCUGUUGCUUAGUUCGCGCACGGAAAUGCAGAAAGUGAUAGAAGCGGCAAGACAACAAACGUUACAUCUUCAAUCGUUUAUACAGACAGCAGCACCAGUGGCAGUACCAACUCCUGUUGUUUCGGCUAAACCUGCUUCUCCGAACGAUAGAAGGGAGAAGGACAAUGACAGCGAAUCGAGCAAGGAUCGAAAGGAGAGACGUGAUAGAUCGAGAUCGAGAGAUAGGUCACGUUCUCGAGAUCGUGACAGGGAUCGGGAUAGACGCGAUAGGGAUAGGAAUCGUGAUCGCAGACGUCGAGACAGAAGCAGAUCACGUGACAGAGAACGCGAUCGUCGAGACAGACGGCGCCGUCGUGAACGCUCAAGAUCACGUGAUCGUACACGUUCUAGAGAUAGGGAUGUUAACAAGCGUAACUCGACAGGAGAACGUCGAAAGGAUGCAACCGACGACGAUAAUAACGACGUUGUUUGCGUAGGACAAUUUCACAAGGAUAAAUCCGCGUCUAGUGGCUCGGCGAAAAAACAGCCGAUUGUCGAAAAUGGAAUUUGGGAAGUACCGCCUCAAACGCAAAUGCAAGCGACUCUUUUAACGCCGGGAAUUUUAGGAGCGGGCGUGGCUGCAUUGUCACAAGAUAGCGAGCAACGAUCCAUGACCUUUGGUAAUUCCGUUCUAGGACAGCAGUCUUUGCUUCAGUCGAAUCAGUUCUCCUUGAACGGUUUGAACGGCGUCGGAAAUCUGAUGCAGCCUCAUGUUCAGACGUUAACUGGCCAUACGGUCGGUAUGAAUUCGCUUCCACAAAACUUGGCCAACGCGUCUUUGCCAAGCCUAAAUAGUGGUAUAGGUAAUUUAAAUCGGCCAAAAGAGCCUUGGGGUCAAGGCGAACAGGGCAGAAUGGAUCAAGUAAGAUUUCCAGGUAGAACGACCCAGUUUGGGCCACAGGAUGCUGGCAUGUAUGGCGCAAAUAAUGGUGCCAUCAACUGCAGACCCGGUUUGAGACCGAACAGCGCUUUCCUGAGCAAAGUACAGGAAUUAGAAGGUCGACGCAAUCCACAUGCUUUUCAAGCUGUAGCCGCGGCUGCUGCGUCGCAGUAUGGUAAUUUCGAAAAUGGUCCAGAUCGGCAAGCAUCCGGACGAAAUUCCGGUGGCUCCUCGAGAUUCUCGAACGAUAAUAAAUCUAGCUCUGGUGGUUAUUGCGUCGAGGUACGUAAUAUGCCAUUGAACGCUACAUACACGGAUGUUCGUCAUGCUUUUCAAGGUAUCUUUAUCAGAAAAGAUGGUCUGAAACUGAUUAACGAUAAUCACGGUAAUCGGGUCGGUAUUGCAUAUGUCAAGUUCAGUAAAGCGGAAGGUAAGGAAUUAGCUCUGUCAACGCCAAGAUACGUCCGUGGUUCCGAAGUGGAGGUUCUUCAUUUGGACGAAAGUAUCUUCGAUAAAGCCGCUGAUUCUUACGCGCCGGAGAAGGAGGACGAGGCUGACGUUAGGGCAUCUACUUGCAUACUUCUGACGGAUCUACCGUCGUUCACCAAAGAGAUGGACAUAGCCAAAUUGUUCCACGACUGGAAGAUCAAUGAUCUUUUUAUUACGAAUAUCAAGGAAUCCGGGAGUACGCAUUACAUGGCUUAUGUGCAGUUCGCUAGAUUAGAAGACGCCAAAUCGUCUCUCGGUACUUCUUUGAAGAUAGGUAACAAACAAGUAACCGCAACAGCCAUUUCAGAAGAAAAGUUCGCACAAGCAAAAAGAGAGCAUGAAAACGGCAUGAGCCAGAUUACUACCUCAGAUUGUAUUAUCAUGCGUGGUUUGCCAUUCCAAUCGAUGGAUCGCGAUGUUCUCGAUUACUUUUCUGACAUCGGAAUUGUACCUCGUCGAAUACAUAUGAUAUUGAAUCAAAACGGUAAACCCACUGGGGAUUGUUUCUGCGAAUUCGAAACUACCGACGAAGCUCUAAGGGCAACGGCGAAGAACGGAGUGCCUUUUGGUAAGAACAUACCGACGAUCGAGCUCAUAUCGCGAGCCCAAAUGUUGGAGACUCUCGAAAUGACCGAUCCUCAACUCAUAGAGGCUCAGCAACAGCAACAGCAACAGCAACAGCAACAUUACCCACCACCACAGGACGCGCGGCCACGAUUCGCUGGACCCAUGCAAAAUCACAUGCCGCGUUUUGGUAACUCGGCAUUUGGUCCCAGGUGUCCUCCAGGUCUGAUGGGUAUACCGAGACAUAUGUUAGGUCGUCAUCCUGGUUCCAUGGAUUACGUCGAAGGUUUCGGUAAACCCGGUUGCGUUCUUUCCUUGGAAAAUGUACCAUUUAAAGCGGACAUUAAUGAAAUAAUUGACUUUUUCGGCGAUUUCGAUGUUAAACGCGAAAAUGUUAUAAGACGUUACAACGAAAGAGGUAUGCCUACGGGUGAUGCACGCGUAGCUUUUUCUUCUCCUAGUGAGGCCCAACGAGCGUUGAGAGAACUGAAGCAUUGCAAGAUGAGAGAUCGGACCAUAUACAUGAAGUUAGCAUGAGUGGAUGUUUCCGGUCGUGGCAACGACUCCAAGAGAUCGACUUUGCAAAGGAGAACGAAAUAAUUCAUUCGCAUCCUCGGCAAACUUAUUCCCACGACCGUACAGGUUUGGCUCUUCUUUGUUUGUCUUACGUCGAUCAUUGUCGUCGCGAAUUAAUGAAUUCCUCGCUCGAAAGCUCGAGCUUUAGGUACAUAAAUAUUUUUUACAAAAAUAAUAUAUAUCGUCCGUCAUAUUUUUUAUGGGAAUGAUACGAAGAUGGAGUAGGAGAAACGUUUCGUGCGUAUUGCCUUUUGUAAAUAGAGAGUAACCAUUUUUUAUAAUAUCGUUUCAUCUUUCUUCGACUCCAGCGAUCAUUGGCCGAUCGUACGACGACGUUGUUCCUCGUAUGACUUUCCAUUCAACGUACGUACAAGAUAUCAUAGUCUUUUUCUCCAACAAACUACGUAACUAAUUAUUAAUCCUUACGAACGAGGGGAGCUUAGAAAAUACACGAUCGAUAGUUUCUAUGUUGGUGGUACUAGCUCCUUUAUUGCAUCUUAGGUCAUUAACUACCGUCGUGGUAUCUAUGUGUGUAUGCUUGUGAUUUGGAUCUAGGAAGGCGUUUCGAAUGCGUCACGUGGCAUCGAGAUCUAUAUUUGUUGUAAAAUAUCGUUUCGAUUGCGAAAGAUUCGAACAAACGACGUACUGCAAUUUCUUCGGUAUUAAACUCCAAACGUGAUAUAUUCUAUUACGAUACGACUUAAUUUACGAAGGUGUAAAUAGUCCGACUUACAUGUUCUCUUAUACUAAUUCGCGUCUUUCCAUAUUCGCGUGCGAAGAUUGGAUACGAUCAGUUAGUUUCGAGCUAUAUUCUAAUUAUCAGUAUCUUUAUGUUAUGUCGAAUAAUUUUUCUUUCUUUCUGUUUUUUUUUUUUUUUUUUUUCUCAUCAGGAAUACACAACGAUCUUCGUCUACAUUUUCGGCCGGUUAGCAGAAUAUAUUUUCAUAUAAAAAAUUAAGGAAAUUAACAGGAGUCGAUAAGAGAAGUAAAUUUAUUGAAUCUUUUUUCCUUCAUCAAUUUUUUCAAACUCUAAACGAAAAGUUUAGUCGACAAUAUGGAUACUAUGUAUCGAUAAUGAAAAUAAUCAUUCGCGAUCAUUACAUAACUCUUGUCUUAAGUCGUCGAAAUAAAAGGCAACGAGACGCAUGAAUUUUAAGUACAAAUUGGAAUGCAAGCGAUAUAGUAAAUUCUUUCAUUAAACCAAUAAUCGACUGUGCAAUCAAGUA